AAUUUAAGUUCAGUUUCUCGGAAUCACAAGUAGAUUUCACGCAUGUGUUGUGGUCGGACAUUUGUGAUGGAGUCGCUUCUAAAAAACCUUAAAGAACAUGUAACGUGUUCGAUUUGUCUUGAUACUUACACCAAACCCAAGACCAUUACUUGUCUUCAUACGUAUUGCUGUCAAUGCCUGGAGAGACAUGCACUAACGAGACAAAACCAAGGGUUUUAUCCAUGCCCCGAGUGUCAGGCACAAAUUCGCAUCCCUGAAGGGAAUUGUUUUGAUAAUCUGCCGAGCAGUUUUCUGCACAACAGUUUGUUGAGUCUUCUUGCCGUUCGACGCAGUUGUGAAGGAAGUGAGAUCAGCUGUAGUACAUGCCAGAAGAAGAGCGCUGAGAUCAACUACUGCUUUGAAUGCGAGAAGUUUAUGUGCCCCGACUGUGUGAAAGCACACGAAGUGUUUCGAGAUACUAUGUUUGAGGGGCACAAAGUCACACCAGUGCGACAGUUUCAAGCGGCAGACUAUGGGGCCCUGUUGAAACGGCAGUCAUUUUGCUCAGAGAAGUACCACAAAAAAGGUGUGAUUCGUUUUUUUUGCGUUGACUGUCAAAGAUGUUUGUCCAGUUUGCGUCGCUACAGAUCACAAAAGCCAUGUUGUUUUUCUGCUUGAAAAGGCAGCGGAUGACGAAAAAGCCAAUAUCAUCGUUCAAGCCGAGCUGGUGAAAAAGAAGAAAGAGGUCUGCUGAGAUGUUAUUCGUGAAUUUGAGAAGACGGAACUGGGAUUGAAAGCGAACAUUACCACGGCUAAACGCAAAGUUUCCCAAGCCGCUGAAAAGAUGAUGGGUAAGGUUCGCCAAUUGGAACGUGAAGCCAUGAAUGUUCUCGAAAAGGUUCACGAGUUCAGGAUCGAGAAAUUACAUUUGGAAGAGCAUCGGUUGUCUCUUUGGAAAAGCAACUUGAUCAAGCAGUUGAGUUCAGUAACAAUCUGGUUGAAAGAGGCUCAAGUUGGGAUAUACUGCAAAACAAGAAAAACGUUGAAGAACGAUUCGAAGACCUCAUCAAAACAACAGUACCAGCACUUCCGGUCAGCUCGUUUGUGGAAUUUGUAUUGACAAGUGAACCAGAGAGUUUGAGUCUGGGAUUUACGAAGUUCAGCGAAACAGAUGUGCAAGAAUCGACCGUGGAAGGACUGGAUCAGAAUUUCCAAGCUGGUGUCGAAGCAGUGGUGAUGAUUUGUCCCAAAACAAGCGAAGGAAAAGUUAGCAACAAGUAUAAUACAGAUUGAGUUGAAGUACACAUAGACCCAGCUAAUCAGGUGAGAAGUUUGGUUACGUGUAAUGAGGAAGACGGAAGGUUUCAGACAAACUUUGUAGCGAAAGUACCAGGCACUUAUAAAAUGGAGAUCAAGAUAAAUGGACAGAAACUUUCGGAGAGUCCAUUUGUUAUUCUGGUCAAAGCGCGUGAGCUUAAAGUUGUAGGAAAGUUAGAAGUUCAGGGAGAAAUGCCACAGGGUCCUGUCGGCAUUGCAGUGAACAGUAAAGGUGUGAUUGCUGUCGCCGAUCAUAAAGGUCACUGUAUCCGGGUAUUUGAUGAGACAGGAAAAUUUGUCCGAAAACUCAGUUGUCAAGGAGAAAAAGCUGGGCAAUUAAAGGAACCAGUCGACGUCACUUUCCUAAACGAUGAAGAGAUUCUGGUGGCAGACGUAGGAAACAAUCGAAUACAGCAGUUGAAUGUACAAACAGGAAACUUUGUGAAAAGCUUUGGAAAAAAGGGAAGAGGAGACGGGGAGUUAAAGAACCCCGGAAGUGUUUGUAUUACAAGCGAUAGACGUUUUGUUGUUGUAACAGAGUAUAAUAACAGCAGAAUUAAGGUAUUUUCCAUGGAUGGCGAAGUAGUGUUGAGGUUUGGAGACAGCGGCUCAAAGAGGCUGGAUCAUCCACUCGGCUGUGCUUGCUACGAGGACAAGUUCAUUGUUUCUGACUCAGGUAAUAACUGUGUCAAAGUGUUUGAUGGCAAAGGAAAGUUUUUGUACAAAUUCGGAGAGAAAGGAAACGGUGAUGGACGGUUGGACAAGCCUUGGGGCAUAUGUAUUGACAAAUACGGCAGUAUUCUCGUCUGUGAGAAAUUGAAUAAUCGCAUUCAAAUGUUUACAUUGGAAGGAGCUUUCAUGGGAAAGACAAGUGCUAAUCUGAACUUACAGUGGCCCUGGGCUGUUACUACAAUGCCAGAUGAUCGGAUUUUGAUAACAGACUUUAAAGAAAAUGAAGUAUACAUUCUGAAAUGAAUGCACAUUUAUGACAUUAACAUACGCCGAAUCUUAACCGCCUCCCGGUUAGCUCAAUGGAUAGAGCGCUAGACUGUUGUGCGGAGGUCGAGGGUUCGA